CGCUAUAUAAUUCUGCAGUGAUUCUGUAGUUGAAAACCCUCUUGGUUUAGCCAAGUCCAGUCCAAACAGCCUUUGCAUCCUCAGCUUCAUCAGACACCCUGAGACCCCAAUCCCACACACUAACGUCCUCCCAGUUAGGGAUCCAUUGGUUGCAUAGUGCCUGAGCAGCUGCCGCUGGCGCCCAGGCUGCGGCUUCCAUGGCGGAGGCCGAGGCGGAGGUCUCCAACGAUGUGCCCAGUGGCUUGCCAGAUGCCACCAAGCUGGGAUCUGCCGGGCAGCGCAUCCUUGCGAUUGAGGAUGAGUCUGAAAGAGAGGAGGCUAUCAGUACUGUCUUCAAGCUUAUUCACAACAUCCUUGGCGACUUGGAAAACUCCAAAAAGCGCAAAGUCAAGAAGGCCAACGCGGCAUUCCAGCGCAAGGUCGGUCGCCACGCAGCGGCGGUGGACUUUCUGCGUGCCAGCGGAUUCCUAGACGCGGAUGAUGCCGAAGCGGUUUUGGAGGAAGAUCGGAAAGGCGGUCUGCUCCAUAUGCCGGUGGCCUACAUUCUGCGGCUCACUGAUGCACACCAUGUGCUAGCUGGCGUGGCGAAAGAGGCGAAUGUGCUUGUGCCUUCUAUGCCCGGUGGAAGCUUUAAUCCAUGCUCUUCUAUCGUGCAGUCUGUGGACACCACCAGGAGUGCCAAGGCUCCUGAGGCAUGGAAGAGCCAGGCUGAAAGCCUCCGGGAUGAGGUGAAGAAGCGUGAGAGGGAGCUUCAAGAUGAGGUGGAGCAGGCGCCCUCUGUGCCAUUGCGGCCUGCCGCGUUUUGGCUCUCUGCAGGCCGCCGGCUGGAGGAGGUCAUCCGCGAGGCCGACCAGGAGGAGGAGCGUACAUCUGAUAGCCACCUGUUGAAGGAGCAGGUGGCGUCUGCGAAGCAAGCAAUCUCUGGAAGUCAUACCUUCGAGAGCGCUGACAAGAAGCGCUUGGCACACCUGCAGCGUGCCAAAGCAUAUAAGUCCUGCGUGCUGCGGAUCGUUUGCCCGGACAAGUCAGUCCUGCAGGUGCACUUCAGAUCUGCAGACAAGGGUGCCCAGGUACUGGAAAGCAUCAAACCCUUGCUCUCAGAUGCUGUCCAGGCGUCAAAAUGGUACGUCUACCGGUCACCUCCUUUGGAGCGGAUGAACCCCAAGACGACCUUGGCUGCUGCUGGCCUGGCGCCGGGCGCAGUGAUGUAUUUGGGUUUCGAUGGAGAGAAGUGCAGCCCACCUUUUCUUUCUGCAGAUUUGUCUGAGCAGCUGGGUCCCUGCCCAGAGGAGAGCGGUGUGACUGCUCCGGCGAGCUUCACAGGUGAGGCCAUGGGCUGGGGCGCCGGGCAUCGCCUGGGCGAGAAGAGUGCUCCAGCAAAGGCGCCUAAGCUGGAAGGAGCCACAAGCAAGCUGGAUUGAGGGUAAUCUUCGGGCCUUGGGGUCAGCGUGAGAGACAACCACCACUUCAAAACAGAGCGCGGGAGUCGGGAGAUUGCUGUAAUUGC